AUGCGAAUACAAUUAAAUGGAGUCUCACUCCUCGUUUCUACACUAACCGGCCUGGCAUCUGCCACCGGAUUUGACUGCGCGCACAUCAAAGUCGACAAUUACAAAUACGACCUGAGUCCACUAAAAGGCGUCCACGAAGUGACUCACAGCGUGACGACAGAUGACUACGUGACGAAUACAACCUACCGACUGAAUAUCUGCAAUAUCCUCGGAUCUGCAGCCCGAUAUGGCGACGCGACGUGCGGGACUAGCAAAACUGUGUGUGGGUUUGUCCACCGAGUCGCAAAAGACGGAAAUGGUGGUUCAACGUUCGGCUUCCCCAUCGUCGGUCUCGACCCUGUCGGCCAUGGCACUAUGAAUCCCGAGGUGAAGCGGUUGAAGGAUAUCGAUCCGGAGACUGAGGGACUGCGCGUCAAGCUCGAAGGCGGGUCAUAUAAAGGAGAUGCGAAUGACCAGAAGGCUAAGAAGGCUGGUGCGAUCAUUGAGUUCCAAUGCGACCAUGAGCGAUCUGGAUUGGAGGGUCUGCAUUCCCUUGCGGAUGAUGCGCAGCCGAAAGAGCGCCGGAGAGCGGACGGCGGGGAAGAAGGCGUUGCGCCGGCUGGAAAUAGCAGCAGUCUGCAGUUCAAGAGCUUUGGUCCCACGGAUGACGAUAUGUACAUCCUGAGACUGGAUUGGCGCACAAAGUACGCAUGCGACGAGUAUGAGAAGGAGAAGGGCGAUAAUCCCAGCUCCAAUAGCUGGGGCUUUUUCACCUGGUUGAUUAUCAUUGCCUUCCUCUGCACCGCCGCCUACCUCAUCUUCGGCUCCUGGCUCAACUACAAUCGCUACGGUGCCCGUGGCUGGGACCUCCUCCCACACUCAGACACCAUCCGCGAUAUCCCCUACCUCUUCCAGGACUGGCUCCGUCGUGUCAUCAAUACUCUGCAAGGAGCAGGCUCGCGCGGUGGAUACAGCGCGGUAUGA